AUGGCGUACGUGAACCUCAGCACGCGAGACGUCAACGUUCUCGAAAAAAUCAAGGACCCCGAGUCGAACCCUGCCACAGGUGUCACAACGGACGAGUCGCUCCCUCGCGAUCCUCACGUCAGCGGAACCGACUACGAAAAGGUCGUCCAGCAAGAGCGUAACAUCAUUUCCAAAAUCCAGACCAUCGAAACAGAAUUCAGUGAAUCGCAAUCACAAGAUGCAAGCGAAACAGCCAUCAAUGGAUACCGAAACUGCCUCGCCGAGCUAGACACUCUUAUUUCAGAAUUCCCCAACUACGCUAGCGCCCGAAACAACCGCGCCCAAAUCAUGAGGCGGCUGUACGGAGACGCGAUGCUACUCGAAAUUACUACCGGCAUGCCUCUGCCACUGAUUGAGCAGCCUGACGCCUCUGAGAAGAAGAAGGCCGCCGUGGGAGCUCUACAAGACUUGGAAAAGUCCAUUUCCCUGUUGUCACCGGCUACAUUGUCGACGCCCAUCUCGCCCCAAGCGGCCCGGACCCUGUCCAUGGCGUACACGCAACGAGCGGCCAUCUACCUCCGAACAUCCAAAUUACUGUCCGACCGUCUGUUAGAUAUCGAUGAGAGCCGAGACGAGGCGAAAUGGACUCGCGUGGAGUUUGAACAGGCUGCCUCGCAUGACUUGGCGUUUGGUGGUCGGUACGGCAAUCAGAUCGCAAAGGGGCUCGCCGUGAGUGUCAACCCGACGGCCAAGCUGUGCGGUCAGAUUGUGCGGGAGGCUAUGAAGAAGGAAUACGGGCCGUCUUUUGACGUGUAG